AGAUCAUAUUUAAAGGGUGAGGAUGGGUGAUGGGAUGGGGACAGGGAGGUAAGUAUGGGAUAGUCUUUUGGGUUUAAGGAAAUAUAAAAAUUAUGUUUGUGUUUAUAAGGUAACAGUAAACCGAUAGCAGGGGAAGUCAGAGCCCUAAACAUGUGAUGUGGUUUAUAUUUAGGCACAGGACGUCAGGGAAAUUUUUUAAAAUAUUGUUAUUUACUUGAGAGUGAAAUAGACAAACGGCUUUAACAAGCACUGAAGGGGGUGUAAUGCUGUCCGUGGUGCUGAACACUCCAUUGUCCCCGAUGUGUGCUAAGGGGGAUCCAGAGGGCAGGUUAAGGAACACCUUGCCAGGUCAGGGUACUGACUGUAAGAAAGAAAGAGAGGGGUUGAGGUUAAGAAAGCAUCAUUUAUCUUCCAUACUGAGCAACUCUGAAUGGUCAGGAUAAAAUCUUCAGAUAGAAAAAAAAGAAAAUAGAGAAGGAAGGAGGUUUGGGUGAUUGAAUCUUCCCCUUUUCAUAUGGAGAUUUUUGGUCUGAGCCAAUCAGGGCAGAGAUUUCUGCUGCUUUGCUCCUGAAAGGAAAAGUGGGGGAAGGGAGGGAGAAGAUGGCCACAUUCUCCCCUUCAGCCACAUGAUCCAUUUCCCAUGUGACACAUUCCAGAGCCUUGGAAAGGAGAAAGGAGGGGCAACAAGAGAGUGGGGCUGGGGGCGGGAAGAUGGUUUAACAGUCUACCCUGCACAGCGUCAUCUUGUCUCCCUAACAGGAAGCAGGCUGUGAGCCAAGGGGAAGGCAGAGGACAGAAAUGAAUGUGUUUCCAGGCUUUCCUGGUGGUUUAUGCCUUUCUCCAAACUCGUAUGCAAGGGCUAUUCCUGACCAAGAAGAUCUAAGGAGAACGUCUCUGAAAUCAAGUCCGGAUGAAGGAGGCCUCAUUCUUCUUUUCCCCAUCCAGAAUUAAGAGGAAAAAAGUGAAUAUGGUUUUUGCUCACAGAAUGGAUAACAGCAAGCCACAGUUGAUUAUUCCUACACUUCUGGUACCACUCCAAAACCGCAGCUGCACUGCAGCAGCCACACCGCUGCCAAGCCAGUACCUGAUGGAAUUAGGUGAGGAGCACAGCUGGAUGAGCAACCAAACACAUCUGCACUAUGGACUGAACCCCGGGGAAGUGGCCACAGCCAGCAUCUUCUUUGGGACUCUGUGGUUGUUUUCUAUCUUCGGCAAUUCCCUGGUUUGUUUGGUCAUCCACAGGAGUAGGAGGACUCAGUCUACCACCAACUACUUUGUGGUCUCCAUGGCAUGUGCUGACCUUCUCAUUAGCGUUGCCAGCACGCCUUUCGUCCUGCUCCAGUUCACCACUGGAAGGUGGACACUUGGUAGUGCAAUGUGCAAGGUUGUGCGAUAUUUUCAGUAUCUCACUCCAGGUGUCCAGAUCUAUGUUCUCCUCUCCAUCUGCAUAGACCGGUUCUACACCAUCGUCUAUCCUCUGAGCUUCAAGGUGUCCAGAGAAAAAGCCAAGAAAAUGAUCGCAGCAUCGUGGAUCUUUGAUGCAGCCUUUGUGACCCCUGUGCUCUUUUUCUAUGGCUCCAACUGGGACAGUCAUUGUAACUAUUUCCUCCCUUCCUCUUGGGAAGGCACUGCCUAUACUGUCAUCCACUUCUUGGUGGGCUUUGUGAUUCCAUCUGCCCUCAUAAUUUUAUUUUACCAAAAGGUCAUAAAAUAUAUUUGGAGAAUAGGCACAGAUGGCCGAACAGUGAGGAGGACAAUGAACAUUGUCCCUCGGACAAAAGUGAAAACCAUCAAGAUGUUCCUCAUUUUAAAUCUGUUGUUUUUGCUCUCCUGGCUGCCUUUUCAUGUAGCUCAGCUAUGGCACCCACAUGAACAAGACUAUAAGAAAAGUUCCCUUGUUUUCACAGCUAUCACAUGGAUAUCCUUUAGUUCUUCAGCCUCUAAACCUACUCUGUAUUCAAUUUAUAAUGCCAAUUUUCGGAGAGGGAUGAAAGAGACUUUUUGCAUGUCCUCUAUGAAAUGUUACCGAAGCAAUGCCUAUACUAUCACAACGAGUUCAAGGAUGGCCAAAAAAAACUAUGUUGGCAUUUCAGAAAUCCCUUCCAUGGCCAAAACUAUUACCAAAGACUCAAUCUAUGACUCAUUUGACAGAGAAGCCAAGGAAAAAAAGCUUGCUUGGCCCAUUAACUCAAAUCCACCAAAUACUUUUGUUUAAUUUCUCAUUCUUUCAAUUGUUAUGCACCAGAGAUUAAAAAGCUUUAAUUAUAAAAACAGAAGCUAUUUACAUAUUUGUUUUCCCUCAACUUUCCAAGGGAAAUGUUUUAUUUUGUAAAAUGCGUUCAUUUGUUUAUUGUA